AUGUGGAUGCUUCAUGUCGAUGGCUCCUCUAAAAACAAAUUUAGCGGAGCAGGCAUGAUUCUCACUGACCCAGAAGGGCACAUAUAUGUGUAUGCACUAAAGUUCAAGUUUAAAACUUCCAACAACACAGCCGAGUAUGAAGCACUGAUAACUGGCAUCCUAUUGGCAAAAGAACUCGGGGUCAAAAACUUGAAAAUCUUCAGCGACUCACAACUCGUCGUAAACCAGGUCAAUGACGAUUUCCAGGCCAAGGAACCUCAUUUAUCUCAUUACCAUUCCCUCACAACAGCCCUGGUCAAGCAAUGUCUCACCUCCCACAUGAUCGCCUUGAUCCCACUAUCACAGAACACCAAGGUAGACGCAAUUGCCAGGCUGGCAACAUCGCCACUUGGCACAGAUAUCAGAGGCCUCAAGCUAGAAGUCCUGGACAAACCAAGUAUCGAUAGACCCUUCUCGAAAAUACUCACCACAGAAAGCCAAAGGCCACCUUCAUGGAUAGACCCGUUCAUUGACUAUCUCUCAAAAAAGCAUUGA